AUGGAGCCUCAGAGAGAUGAAGACAGUGACUAUAAUAGUGUUAUUGACAGUCUGGUUAAUAUGUUUAGCCCUUUUGUAUCGAAGGAAGUGAUAACAACUCUUGUGGAGAGUUUUGAGGGAGAUUUGAAUCUAUGCGUCGAUGCCAUAACGGAAAUAACAAAUAAUGGUAACAUGAUUCCUAAUGAUGAUCAACCUUCUACAAGCCAAAGCACACAACCAAAUACAACAUUACAACAAACACAGCCUACGAUUUCCUACGCGCGUACUGCUCAAAGUACAGGCGCUGUUGUUAAAGAACCUCAAACGAAAGAAAAGAGAAAUGUAGAGCCAUCACGGUAUUUUUGGACUGAUCAAAUUCGUAAAAUUAUAACACAUUAUAAUAAUGGUUCUCGUAUAAUGAUUAUUAUGAGGGGUCUCCCUGGUAGUGGGAAAAGCCAUCUGGCAAGACUAAUAGUAGAAACUCUAAUUGGACCUUCCUUGUCUAGUUACAACAACCAUGUCUUUAGUAGUGAUGAUUAUUUUAUGGUCAGAGGAAAAUAUCAAUAUGACAAGUCAUACAUAUCGUAUGCCCACUCAUGGAAUCAAAACAGAGUUGAAACAUCAGCAAUUCAAGGGCUAAGCCCCAUUAUUAUAGAUAAUACAAAUAUCGAGAUAUGGGAAAUGCGACCAUAUGUAGUACAAGGACUUAUGAAUGGAUAUAUAAUUGAAGUAGUGGAACCAAUGACACCAUGGGCAAAAAUACCCAGACAGCUAUUUAACAUGAACACACACAAAGUACCUUUACAAAAAAUUAAAAGGAUGUUAGAUAAUUAUGUUGAAAACGUAACUGGUGAGAGUUUGAUACACUCCUUUAGAUUAAGCUAUGCUGAAGACAUGGUACCUCCUAUAAAACGAUUAAUACCAGCAAUCCCACCAAUACUGGCAGAUAAUAAAAGUGACUUGAAAUCAAAUUCAGAGGCUACAACUUCCUCAGAAGUAGGCCCAUCCUUGCUCCUGCAAGAUGAAGCUCGUAAUCAUUUACUUCAACCCCCAAAACAAUCGUAUCAAAACUCACACGAGCAAACAAAGAAUGUUGAGGAUUCUGGUCAAGACCGACUCAAGCCUUCGGCAGAAAAUCUCUUUCAUGAGGAAGAAGAUAAUAUAGAAUUUAUUACAAUGAGCGACGUUAAUGAUCUGUCUGAAGAAGAACAAGCAAAGCAAAAAAUUGUAUUAGAGGCGCAGAAGAAACUAGAAGAAUUACAAAAGUUUGAAGAAGAUUGGGACAAUGGUGAAAAAUGGGAUGAAAAUGAUACAGAAGGUGAUACUUCUUUUAUAAAAUUCGAUAAAACAACAAGUACCACUUCUACUGUUACAGCUACAAAUUCUAGUACCAGCAGUCCUAUAAAUGUUACGACUGCAUUAAUAUCUAGUUUGGAAUCAAAGCCUCCAAGAGAAAAACCUGUUAAAGAUUCUAAUACCGAGACUACAAGUAAUGGAUUGAUGCUAUCUGUUACUGACUGUCAAGAUUGGCGUUACAUAUCACUGUUUAUGCCACCUUGGAAUCAUCCAGAUGAAGAGCAAACCAUUGCUCCUCCUGAAGAAAUUCCCAAAGAAAAAAAAGAUACUAGCACAUGCGUAGAAAUAAAUGAUAUAAAUUUAUCAGGUAAUUAUAAAGUAAUUUCUACAAUGUCGCGAGAUAUAAACGAGUUGUAUGUACCACCGGUGCAGGAAAAGAUUCCUGAAAAGCGGAUGCUGGAUAAGAGUACGAUGACCAAUGAAGGUAUAAUAAUGACGGUUCAGUGUCCUCAAAAAGAAAGACAUUUCAUUGCAUUUAGAAAUCUAUUUAAACAUAUUGAGCGAGAGUCAUUGAGAUAUAUUUUUGAUAACUGCUGUGGGGACGUUAAUUGGGCGGUGGAGAAUAUACUCGGAGGAGUCUCGGAAUAUAAAGUGAAAAGUGAAGACGGGGUAGGUUCAGAUUUAGAAGAAUUGCUGGAUCCAGGAUCUGAUUUACCUUGUACCUGUUUGGGUAAGUACGAAAUUAUGCCGAAUAAUGUAUCUAAAACUGACGUUACACCCUCAAUAUCCGAUGAUAAAGUAACAGAACUAUCUACUGAAAGCUCAGUGGUGCAGCUUGAAAAGAAAAAGCGGGUGAUAACAGUUUCAGAAGAAAAUAUGCAACUCAAAAGACAGAUAGAACAAACCGUCGUUAUUGCAGAUAAUCAUUAUUCAGAACAUUGCCUCAAAAUAAGAAAAAUACGCCGUGGAGAAUACAAUAAAGUCGAAAACGAUUUCGAGCAGCCUAGUACAUCAGGAACAUCAAGUACUGCUUUCGUCAAUGUUGCUAGCAACCGUACAGCAUCUAACAGUGAUUCCAGUGAUGAUGACGACAGUUCAAGUAAUACAAGUAAUAUUAGCGAAAGUGACAAAAUUGUCAAUAUUAAUUUAGGACGCUCAUUUAUACAAAAAUUAGAUGAAAUGUUUGGACGAGAAAAUAUGGAAUACCCAAGUAAUAUAAAUUUCAAUAUUAGUAUUCCAACAUCUCUAUUGAAUCAAAUCAAUGCGUUGUGGAUAGAAUCAAUGAUGUACCAACUUGACGAUAAUGCAAAAAGGUCCGCGUUGAUGCUUAAGCAAGACGAAGAGUUUGCUAGACAACUUCAGUUAAAGGAAAAAGAGCUUAUGCUGGAAGGAAAAGAGCCUGAUGUCCCAGAUUUUAAGGAAAUUAUGGAUUUGGAAUUCGCUCUUAAUCUUCAUAUGAGGGAUAUAUCGGAAUGGCGUAACAAUAUACCUACUGAUUUAGCUGCAAAAAUGACCCACGAGAAACUUUUUAAUUUAUUUCCUGAGGUCAAAAACGACACUCUUUUGGAAAUGCUUGUGGCUCAUGGUAAUAAUUUCAAAGCGACUGUUGAGGUUCUUCUCAUAUCUUUAGGACGUGAAGAAAUUUUGGAAUCCGAAAAUGGAUUAAAUAAGUUUGUAAUGGAAAAAGAGCUACAACGACAUGAAAAACUUCUAGAGGAACAUAAAAAGGCACUGUCAGAGACUGAAUGGCCAUUGUUGGUAAAAGGUGAUAAAAUAGACAUAUCUACUGUCCAGCAUUACCGUGACGAUGCCGAGAAACAUUUGACUAGAAGAAAUAUGCAAAUGAAAAAAGCCGAAGAUUACAUACAGCGGGGUAUGACUCAAGUGGCUAAUUACUGUUCGGAAAUAGCUAAUUUUCAUAAAAAUCAGUACGAGCUGUCUAGCAGCAAGGCCGUAGCUUCACUGAUUCAAUAUCACGCCGAAAACAAUCCGAAUAAUGAAACAGUUGAUCUACAUUUCUUUCGGGUGAAGGAAGCCAUGGAAGCAAUGGAUCUGUUCAUUGACAGACACAUUCAGAGACUUCGUGACCUUAACUUGCGCAGCGUUACGUUGUUCUUCAUUACCGGCCGGGGAUUACAUAGCCCCGGUCGCCCGAAAGUGAAGCCAGCCUGCAUUAAACGCCUGCGGGAGCGUGGAUUACACCAUUCGGAAUGCAAUCCGGGACUGCUUCGCUCUCGCGUGAGCUAUAAUAGCAAGUUGACGUACCAGAUCACCUAG